AUGGUAAUCUUCAUCAACAAUGAGUUCGUAAACAGCAAGUCGGGUAAAACAUUUCCCACCCUCAAUCCGUCGACCGAGAAUGUGAUAUGCGAGGUACAGGAGGGCGAUGCUGCCGACAUCGCCAUCGCAGUCGAAGCUGCUAAGCGGGCCUUCGGCCUCAACUCGCCGUGGCGGCAACUGACUUCAUCCGAUCGAGGCGACCUACUUUAUAAGUUGGCCGAUUUGUUGGUGCGAGACGCUGAAUAUUUGGGGGUGAGUCACCAUUGCGACGGUCUGUCUUUUCGUCGUUAA